CAUUAACCUCACUGUCCUCGUCUCGAUCGUUUGGUCUGUUCUCCCGAUAUCCCAUGAAAGUAGAGUCUUCUCGUGCCUCAGUCAUUGAAUUUCAUUCCAAUCUGUGAGCCUCUACUGCCUUCCACCGUUCGGCUGCUCAACUCUCACUUGCACCAUCUCUCGUUUCCCCAUUCGACGCCUGAGCCUGCGCCCAUCGCUUACCCAUCCUUCCCCCACUCGAGCAGCCUGUCGUCUCGACUGGAGACACAGCUGCUUCAACAAGAGCCACCACGCCACCUCAACUCAAGAAGAGGAAGGCUGAGGAGUGCGUCACAGACGCGUCGAGCAAUCAUCCCACCAAAACACCCCGAACCACCACUCUCCAGGUCCAGGGCCCGACGACUCCCAUCACCGAACAAGGCUCCCCAUCCUUGCCCGCCAUGGAUUCAGAGGACGACUUCAUGUCAGACCCUCCCAGCGGGGAUGAUCUUGAUUUCGAUGAAGGCACACAAGACAGUGAGCUAGGAAGUAUUGGGGGCGACUUUGAUCAAGACCAAGAUGGCGGCUUUGCUUACGAAAAGGACAUCUUUACAAACCCUCAAAAACCCUACGAAGUCGAAUACAAAAUUCUCAGCCCUCCAGACAUCCAGUCUCAGCAACAACGACAGUUUGAAGAAGUUUCGUCCAUAAUAGAACUCCCUGUUGAGCAGGUGGCCAUACUGCUCCGCUUCAUGCGUUGGAACAAGGAACGACUGAUUGAAUCUUACAUGGACAAUCAAGAAAAGGUGCUCGAAUCGGCAGGUCUGGGAUCCAGCUUUACAGAGUACCCCAAACCCAAGACGGUCAAAGGCUUCAUAUGUGAUAUAUGCUACGAGGAUGGCCCUUCGUUACUGACCUAUGCAAUGAAAUGUGAUCAUCGCUUCUGUGUCGAUUGCUACACUCACUACCUCACCCAAAAGGUCAAAGAGGAGGGAGAAGCAGCUAGAAUCCAGUGUCCAUUCGAUGGCUGUCAGCGAAUUGUGGAUUCCAAGACAUUGAAAGUUCUUGUCGAUCGAGACGUGCAGGAUCGUUAUCAAGUCCUCCUCACCAGGACAUAUGUCGACGACAAAGACAACCUCAAAUGGUGUCCCGCUCCGGAUUGUGACUAUGCCGUGGACUGCGCAGUUAAGAAGCGAGAUCUUCACAGAGUCGUUCCCACCGUCCGUUGCUCAAACGACCACAGCUUCUGUUUCGGUUGCACAUUGGCAGACCAUCGACCUGCUCCCUGUGCGCUGGUGAAGAAAUGGCUUAAGAAAUGCGAAGACGAUAGCGAAACAUCCAAUUGGAUUUCGGCCAACACCAAGGAGUGCCCCAAGUGCAACUCCACAAUCGAGAAGAACGGCGGUUGCAACCACAUGACAUGUCGGAAAUGCAAGCAUGAAUUCUGCUGGAUGUGUAUGGGUCCGUGGUCCGAGCACGGCACCAGCUGGUACAACUGCAAUCGAUUCGAGGAAAAGUCCGGGGCCGAUGCUCGUGACGCCCAGGCUCGAUCACGUCACUCUCUAGAGCGAUAUCUUCAUUACUACAAUCGCUAUGCAAAUCAUGAGCAAUCUGCCAAAUUGGACAAGGAUCUGUGGUUGAAGACGGAAAAGAAGAUGACUAGUCUGCAGUCACACACCAACAUGUCCUGGAUAGAAGUUCAGUUUCUGGAUACAGCCUCGAAAGCACUUCAGGCCUGUCGGCAGACCCUGAAAUGGACGUAUGCAUUCGCCUUCUACCUGCAACGAAACAACAUGACGGAGAUGUUUGAAGACAAUCAGAAAGACCUCGAAAUGGCUGUGGAGAAUCUCAGUCAGAUGUUUGAGCGGCCUGUCCAGGAGCUAGAAGUCCUGAAAGUGGACAUUCUUGACAAGACCACCUACUGCAAUCAGCGCCGGGAGAUACUGCUGAGCGUAACGGCUGAAAGCCUCAAGAAAGAGCAAUGGAAGUUCAACGUUGAUCUAUGAAACAGACACGAGAGGUGUGACUUGGAACAAAGAGAUUGGUGUUGAUGUCAUGAUCCUUGACAUUUUACGUUGAAGCGAGGCGUUUUCGUGCCGGGGAAUCCCCGAGGAUGUGCAUUUUGAUGAGCUCAAGCAUCGCAGGAACAUAGUGAGGCUCGGUGGCGCGACAUGAACUUUGGGCAUCUUGUCAACAGCAACCAGGGCGGUCCGGCUACCCAUGCAUUGAGUAUACAGGUAUUGUUGGGAGUUUCAUGAUGUGAAUGAAGCAUCGAUGCUCGCAAGGUUGAGCGUCUUGUAUCAGAGUGAACGCACAAAGGCGAUGAGUGCGGUAGAGGUAUUUUAUGUUGAAUUACUUUUCAGCCAUA